GUUUCAGAAUUCGCACACGACUCAUUUUGUCGAGAAACAUUUCGUGACAAAUUCCUCAUCAUGUCGACCACAGAUAGGCCGCCCAGCACACUGGGAUCUGAUCGAAAACGAUCCAGCAUUAUAAAGGGCAGUUUUCAAAGUGACACAGGCCUUUACGGCGGAAAAACCGGUGUCAAACAGAUUUUAACCGCACCUUCUCAAUCACAUUCACGAAUGACACCUGGUGGACAGACUUUUCUCUGUAUCAUGGGAUCAGUGAUCAGUAUUGCAAUUGCCGUUUGGUUAGCUGCCUUCAGUAGAGAGCCUGGAUGGAGGAGGGCUGUCUUUGCAACCGGAGCUGCUUUAUGUGCUGUGAUGUUCGCAUUCCUUGCAUUUAUGACAAUUCGACGAGCAAAACAUCCUCCUGAACCAGAAUCAUUGCCCGAUUUAUCGCAACGUCGUUCAACAAUCGGUGCUCGGGUCAGCAAAAGGUCCAUAGCGGCUGCGGGUCUUGGCGGUACUGGAGGCGAUGAUUGUCCAACACAGGUGCUCGUAGUAGGAAGCAAAGCUCGACCAUCACUAACGGUUGGAUAAAUCACAAUGUGCCCAUCAGAAACACACAGAAAAUCACAAACACAUCAAUCAACAAUCAGCAAUCAACGU